AUGGGUAUUCGUAUGCUGGAAGGAGAUGUGACGGACAUGGUGGAGGCCCCAUCGCUGAGCUUCAGGCAGCAGCAUGUUGAUAUCUACUCUGCCAGCUUGGAGCCGGAGGAUGACGGGAGGACGGUGGAAGGACCUGGCCCUCUGGCUAGCCUCGCCUUAGAGAACGUCAUACACAUUAGUAGAAAGGGGCAUGUCUCCAUCUUUGUGUGGGCGUCGGGUAACGGUGUGCGGAGCGUGGACCACUGCUCCUGUUAUGGCUACACCAACAGCAUCUACACCAUCUCCAUCAGCAGCACCACCCAGACCAGGGUCAGCCCUGACUACCUAGAGCCAUGCCCCUUCAUACUGGCCUCCACCUACAGCUCCAGCUCCACCAACAGACAGAGAGCCAGGAUGUUGAUUCGGCACGACACGACCAUUAGUCCUGAUGACAUCGCCUACGAGUGGCGAGCGUAA